AUGCCUAGCCCACAACCGCAAGGCGCUGGAGGUUCGCUGGAGCUAUCCUCGUCGUCACUGCUGCCUCCCGACCACUUCCACGACCAAGACUCUUCCACUGCUGGCGACUCGUCUGAUCUAGUCCACGUUAGCAAAGACACUUCGCGCCAGCCGAGCCCCUUAAGCGACCUUCCUCACCCCGAUCAGUACACGGCGAGACAAGACGGACACGAAGAGGACGGCGACAGUGAUUUUGAGAACUGGGGAGAAGAGGAGGCAUCGCAGGCCUGGCAUUCAGAUAUGCCUUCCGACCUGCGCCCACAGCGGCCUUCGGUGCACCGAGCGGGAUCACAGCAACAUCAGCCGUUAUUAGCAGGAGACAAGAAUGGAGAGUAUGAGCCCCCUGGCCGGUCCGGAGGAAGAUCAACACGAUUCAGAGAAAGAGAUCCGCCAGAGGUGGAGCCCAAGAACGACACCAGAAAACGAUAUACACUUGCAGGCGCAUUCUUGCUUGUGAGUUUGAUCAGCUUUGCUGUGCAGACAGAAACGGCCGUAUACAUCCAGCAUGACCUCAAUUGGACAAAACCAUACUGCAUGUUGUAUUUCACGCAUGGUUCGUGGUCGUUGUUAUGGCCGGUGCAGCUCCUGAUCCUCAGGCUUUCGAAGUGGAAUCAGCCAUGGGAUGCUUUCUGGCGGCGCCAUCUCUCCAUCAUCCGGUCCACCGCGCAGAUGAUUGAGCAUCGAACGCUGAACGUGCCGAGUCACCUUCAAAAGAAAUCGCCUGUUCCAUACUUCAUCCGGACCACAGCCUUCGUCACCUGCGCAUUGACAAUCGCCGGAGGAAGUUGGUAUGUUGCCGUGGAUUUGACGACCGCCUCAGAUUUGACCGCCAUCUACAAUUGCUCUGCCUUCUUCGCAUACGCCUUUGCAGUGCCCAUAUUGAAGGAGAAGCUGCGAUUAAGCAAAGUCGCUGCCGUUGGCAUCGCAAUCAUUGGAGUGCUCGUGGUGGCAUACGGUGAUCAAGCCACAGCCAAGCAUGGAAACAAGUCAGGUGGUGGAGCAGGAGGCCCUUCUGCGCCCGAUGAUUCCGAGGCAGCGAACCGAGCUCUGGGCAACCUGGUGAUUGGGGUUGGAAGUAUCCUCUAUGGAUUCUACGAAGUCUUGUACAAGCGCGUCGCUUGUCCACCAGAUGGCUGCUCCCCAGUCCGCGGCAUGCUCUUCGCCAACGCCUUUGGAAGCAUGAUCGGCAUAUUCACUCUGCUGGUUCUAUGGAUCCCCCUUCCAAUUUUGCACGUCACUGGCAUCGAGCGAUUCGAGUUUCCAAGCGGACGGGCUUCCUGGAUGCUGGCCAUUUCAGUCCUGUCCAACGCAACAUUCAGCGGGUCAUUCCUGGUUCUCAUCUCCCUUACAUCGCCAGUGUUGAGUUCAGUCGCAGCGCUGCUCACGAUCUUCUUGGUGGCUCUCUGCGACCAGCUUCUACCACCGCCACUUUACAGCCCCUUGACCCUCGCGGCCGUCGCUGGAGGCGUCCUCAUCAUCUUCGCGUUCUUGUUGUUGAGUUGGGCCACAUACAAAGAAAUGGACGAGGAGAGGCGAAAGAAGGCGGAGGACGUCGUGGAGGAAAGCGAUGUGGAAGAUCUUUGA